AUGACGGUUACUUUGCCCGAAACCUCCAACCAAAACCUAAGUCUAUUGACGGCAAUCCCGACCCAAAGCCAGUCGACCACCUCUCAACCAUCGGGUACAGGCACUCAAACGAAUCCCGAACGCGAUGAAAUUUGGUCCACCAUUCUAAAGGGAACUGCAUCAUCCAAGAUGGUCCCAAGCAAGAAUGUACUCAUCUUAGGUGAUCCCGGUUCGGGCAAGUCAACUCUCAUCCACUACCUCAAACACGAUCCAGGACCGCAAGCUGUCAAGCUUGAUAAUGACGAAGUCUCGGCCAAUGAUUCAUUUGGUGUCAAUGCCACCAACAACUAUACCCCCAUGCCACUUGACAUGCUUGACAAAGACGACGCAACCGCCACCCUUGCCCUAAGCUACACAUUCAUUGAAGUUCACGAUGAAGAGAAUGAAGCUAUUGCACGCUUGGGAUUAUAUCAGUUGGGCUUGUCGGCACCAGAAUACCUCCCACUUCUCAAGUUUGCCCUCAGCUCUCAUACACUUGCAGACUCUACAGUACUGAUCGUCUUGGACUGGACACGUCCCUGGAAAUUCCUUGAAACACUUCAACGCUGGAUUAAUGUGUUGCAACAUGCCAUUGAUGAGAUCUGCAAAGAAGGCAGUGCUGGUGAAUCAUGGAGUCGUGGAAAGGCUAUUGUGGAUGAAUUAAGAGAAAAAGUUGAACAUUACCUUCAAACAUAUUCUGAACCUUCACCCCUCACAACCGGGUUUGCCGUCGUACCAUCCACAUCAACAAGUUCAGUUCCAUCUACACCAUCUGGAUUUGUGACCGCACCGCUUGUGACAACCACGACAGCUGCAGACCAAGUUACCUUACCAUUGACUCAGGGCUGCCUCACAACAAACUUGGGUAUUCCAAUUGUAGUUGUCUGUUGCAAGAGUGACACACUUAACAAACUUGAGCAAACACAAGACUACAAGGAAGAACAAUUUGAUUUCAUCCAACAGACUCUUCGCUGUGUGUGCAUGAAGUACGGUGCAUCCUUGUUCUACACCUCGACUCUCCAACCCUACACUUUCCACAAUCUGCGCCAGUAUCUCUUACAUCGUCUAUUGGCCACAACCACCAAAACGUUCCCUUUCACCACAAAGGCUCAGGUGGUAGAAAGAGAUGCGGUAUUAGUACCCUCGGGCUGGGACUCGUGGGGAAAAUUGCGAGUGUUACGUGAUGGCUUUGACUGUGAGAGUGUGCAUCAGGGAUGGGAUUCUGAUAUGGAAGCUAUUGUGGACCGACAGCAGCCUGGAAGUCAUGGUGCGAGAGGUAUCUACGAAGACGCAAUACCCGAUCCAGAAACCGAAGAACAGCCUCUCAACAUUCCUCCGACUACUGCAUGUGAAGAUGAGCAAGUAUUCUUUGAGCGUCACUUUGAGACUCUUCAAAGAGCAUCUGAAGGCACUUCUACCCGACAGGGUACUGGAAGUGCUGCAAUUGCACGACCUAGUGUGGUCGGACCACUGGGUGCCUCGCCUGUGACCGCAGAUAUGAUGCGUGUAGGCGCAGAGAGAGAAGAAAAUGGAAGAAGACACAAGGAUUCACCUUUGGACAAGCCUGGAUUAAAGGGAGUGACGGCAAGCCCUAAUCCUGUGGAUCGUAUCCAAACCAGUCUUGGAAAUAAUGUGCCUGCUGCGGCCGGAAGUCCCGGUAGUCCAUUGAGCAGUGGCGCUGGUGGACCCGGAGGACCUUCUCACGAAGUCUUGGCCAACUUUUUCCAGUCCUUGCUAUCCAAAAAGGCGACAUCUGGUGGGUCUCCUGCCUCGCCUACAGCUGCCUCGCCUGUAUCUCUUUUGAAUACCGCGGCUUCCAAUGGACGUGGUGAAGAUGGUACUGGCCGAAGGUCGACUAUUAGCAGAAAAGAUGUGCACAAGGAACUAGAUCGAAUGCGCCAAUACGUCAACAAACCUUAAACCAAACCCAAACCCAAACCCAAAGAAAAAUGAAGUAAAAAAGAAUAAGUAAAAGGAAGAAGAAGAAGAAGAAGAAAAGAGAUCAGUCAACCCAAGUCAAACGAGCCCAAUUUACCAGAUUUACCAAAUUAACCAAAUUAACCAAAUAUAUUCUUUCCAUCCCCUCUAACACACCUUUUCUUCUCUUACACGCCAAAGCCUAUCUAUAUAUCUUUAUAUAUAUAUUCUU